AUGGCGUCGGCCGAAAACAACAACCUAAAGGUCAUAAACGCCCUCGACGUGGCGAAAACCCAAUGGUACCACUUCACGGCCAUCAUCAUCGCCGGUAUGGGCUUCUUCACCGACGCUUACGACCUUUUCUGCAUCUCCCUCGUCACCAAAAUGCUCGGUCGAAUCUACUACCACGUCCCGGGCUCCCCCAAACCCGGCUCCCUCCCACCGAACGUCUCCGCCGCAGUUAACGGUCCACCGGGGGCCCUACCCAUCAUCGGCCACCUCCACCUCCUGGGCGGUCCGGUCCCCGUGGCCCGAACCCUCGGAGCCAUGUCCGACGCCUACGGCCCGGCCUUCACCUUGCGGCUCGGAGCCCAUCGGGCCCUAGUCGUCAGCAGCUGGCAGUCCAUCAAGGAAUGCUUUACCACCAACGACCAGGCCUUUGCCACUCGGCCCAACAUGGCCACCGGCAAGUACCUCGGCUACGAAAACGCCAGCUUUGCUCUCUCCCCUUACGGGCCCUACUGGCGCCACAUGCGCAAGAUGGCCACCCUCGAGCUCCUCACCCCACGGCGCCUUGACGGGCUGGCCCAUAUCCGGACCUCGGAAAUUGGGCUUUUCGUAAAACACUUGUACUCCAUGGCCAACGACGUCCCAAACAAGGCCAUAGCCCUAAGCACUUGGGUCGAGCACUUGACGUUCAACAUAAUCAUCGGGAAGCUAGCGGGUAAGAGAUACCCGUACGCUCAUGAUGAGGUUGGUCGUGCUGAAGAAAAGGAUUAUCGGUUUAAGGAGGCGGUUAAGAAAGCGUUGUACCUUAGUGGCGUGUUUGUAUUGUCCGACACUAUUCCUUGUUUGGAAUGGCUCGAUAUCGGAGGAUAUAUUAAACAGAUGAAGGAUACUAGUAAGGUAAUCGACGACAUGCUCGAGGAUUGGGUCCGAGAGAGGGCUAAAAACAGAGGUGAUGAUGAUGCAGGGGAUUUCGAUGGCUCGGAUUUCUUGGAUGCAUUGAUGUCGAUUAUUCCCGAGAAUGAAACCGUGCAUGGCUACACGAGGCUGACCGUCAUCAAGGCAACAAUGAUGAUUCUAAUCAUGACGGGAUCAGAAAGCACAGCCGAGACGCUCAUUUGGGCCCUGUCGUUACUCUUAAACAGCCCGCGCGUCCUCCGCGAGGCCCAACGGGAAAUGGACUCGACCGUGGGCCGGGCCAGGUGGGUCCAAGAAUCCGACAUAAAGGACCUGCCCUACCUGGAGUCGGUCGUGAAGGAGACGCUGAGGCUUUACCCGCCGGGCCCCCUUUCGGGCCCGCGCGAGGCGAUCCGCGAUUGCAGGGUCGGAGGGGCCCACGUGCCGAGGGGCACGCGGCUGGUCGUGAAUCUGUGGAAGAUGAUGCGGGACCCCGACGUGUGGUCGUGCCCGGACGAGUUUCGGCCCGAGAGGUUCAUGGACGAGCAGCACCGGGACACGAACUUCAAGGGGCAGUGUUUCGAGUACAUACCGUUUAGCUCGGGGAGGAGAAUGUGCCCCGGGAUGGGUUUCGGGAUGCGGGUCGUCCAGCUGGCGCUGGCUCGUCUGGUUCAGGGGUUCGACCUGUCGACGCCCGAGGGGGAGAGUGUAGACAUGGGGGAAGGGUUGGGGAUCGCCCUGCCUAAAGUGAAGCCACUUGAGGUUGUUCUUGAACCUAGGCUUACAAAGGAGAUGUAUGAGAGUCUCUAG